AUGUCCACACACGUCUUAACAGUGGAUGCUAACGCUAUCUACAAGCUUGACGCCGCAAACCCUACCAACCUGUAUGGCAUAUGGACUGUCUUCUCUCGCAGCGCAGAUUCACUCAAGCAAGGCCGCAGAUUAGAAAACCUCAGCUGGAGACACUGGCAGAAAGAACAGUUAGUCAACAACAGAAAGCGACUCGGCGCCAUCACUGCCAUCAACACCUUGCUUCUGACAGCCCCAUCGCCUCCCCAAGAGCCUCCUCAACUCUCUAGCAGCGUUGACUUGCGUGUCGAUGAGGGUUCCACCAUACUUGCUUCCGAGUCGGCACCUCUUGAGAUUAUGCGGCCCCGGAUACAUCGUCUGGACUCGACUAGCAGCCCCAGCAAGCGUGAACGCCACAUCAGCUCCGACGAGUUCAUACAGAUGGUCAUCUCCAUUGUCAACGACACUGCUCCUGUUUCAACACCCACCGCCACCUCCCCCCCCACUACUCUCAAGAUGGCUCUCGUCGUCCCGGCCCCAAUCGCGACCGAGACCAUCACCCAGAAGAGGGCACCGGCCAAGUUUGCUCUUGGCGGCUCGUGCUCUUCUAGCGAACAGGGCAUGAUCGUCGAGUUGCCCAAGCCUAGCCUUGUAUCCGGCCCUAAGAAGGCCAUGAUCCAGAUUGGUGGCUCCUCCGAGUCUGCUUCUACCAAGAUUGCUAUCAAACCCGCCAAGGCUCUCGGCCCCCUGAAGAUCAAACAGCAUGUUAUCGCCACCAGCCACAACUCUCAACUCAAAGCCGAGUGCGCAAUCGACCCUGAUACCGAGGACGAUUAUGUCAAUGAGAGCGCCAUUAAUGACGAUGACGACCCGUCUGAUUGGGAAGACUCCAUGGAACACAGCGGUAAAUUGAGUAUAGAUGGCAUGUUCUUCCAGCGCGUCGAGUCCAAGGCUCUGGUCUCCCGCCCGUCUCUCAUCACUCUCAUGCUUGCCCAGAAUGAGCGCCAGAAGAAUCCCAGCAACCAAGCUUCCCACUCUGCCUCAGCCAUCACCCGAUCGCGCGCAGGGACCAGUGCCCCAAUUCUGCGUGCCUCUCAUCAUUUCAACAAGGGCCCGCUGAUAAUGAAGGGCAUGCGUUCUUCCAAACUCCGACCUAUCAUCGAGGUGCCUCGCUCGAGCGCCCAGCCUAUUGUCAACCCCGCCAACCACGUACAUGCGAAAGUAUCUCUGUCACCGCGAACUACUCGCCGUAACAUGCUUGCUACCGAGCUAACAGAGUCUCUUCGCCGCCAUCUUCUCUGGGAGCGUCAGCAGAAGACGUCGACUGCCAACGCUGUGCUCAAGCGUCGCCAUACCUCCCACGAUGUUGCCAACCUGGAGCAGUUUCCGAAAAAGCCCUAUCUGAAGCAGAGCGAAGACGCCAACGCCAGCAGUUGGAAUCAGUAUUUCAACAAAGACACAUCGGACGGCUACCAUUCUAAAGGCUGGUGA